GUGGCCUUUGAAAAAGCUGGGAACUGAAUCUGAUGGGAAAGGUUAGGUCAUUUCAGAGCUGCUUGAAUCAGACUGCACCUAUUUCUUUCCGGAAGUGGGUUUCAUCACAGUCUUGAACUGAUAUGGUAUGACGAUAGCUUUUAGAGGAUUGGCUUGGAAAGCCUUUUAACAUCUCUUGGGUGCAUGCAGAAGAAUUUGCUGUUCUGCCGUUCCAGUGAUAAUGCCAUCCUUGCCUAAUGAGGGAGAUAACCAAGGAACCUCUUCUCUGACUUUGAGCUCAGACCUGUCUUUCCAAAGCACAAUAAGGAGAAAAGCGAGAGAGAAGAAAAAGCAUGGAGCCAUCACUGCAAAUGUUGCUGGCACAAAAUAUGAGAUUGUACGGAUUGUAAUAGAAGAGAUGGGGUUUGUGAAGACUCGUGAUGACGAUGAAACUGCAAAUCUCAUCUGGAGUGAUUGUGCUGUGCAGCAGGAAAAGAUUGCAGAACUCCGAAACUACCAGAGAAUCAACCAUUUCCCAGGAAUGGGCGAGAUCUGUAGGAAAGAUUUCCUAGCAAGGAACAUGACCAAAAUGAUAAAAUCUCAGCCUCAAGAGUAUAGCUUUAUUCCUCGAACAUGGAUUUUCCCAGCAGAGUAUACACAAUUCCAGAAUUAUGUUAAAGAACUCAAGAGAAAACGCAGACAGAAAACAUUCAUAGUAAAGCCAGCUAAUGGUGCAAUGGGACAUGGGAUCUCUCUGACAAGAAAUGCAGAAAAGUUACAUCCUCAAGAACACCUAAUAGUCCAGGAGUACCUUGACAAACCCUUUCUUAUGGAAGGCUACAAAUUUGAUUUAAGAAUCUACAUUUUGGUGACUUCUUGUGAUCCAUUAAAAAUAUUUUUGUAUCAUGAUGGUCUAGUGAGAAUGGGUACAGAGAAGUAUAAUCCCCCCAAUGAUUCAAAUCUGAACCAGCUGUAUAUGCAUCUGACCAACUACUCUGUGAAUAAGCAUAAUGAACAUUUUGAACGGGAUGAAACAGAAGAUAAAGGCAGUAAGCGCUCUAUAAAGUGGUUUACUGAGUUUCUGCAAACAAAUCACCUUGACGUUUCCAAAUUCUGGAAUGAUAUUUCAGAAUUAGUGGUAAAGACACUAAUAGUAGCAGAGCCACAUGUCCUUCACGCUUACCGUAUGUGUAGACCAGGGCAGUCUCCAGGAAGUGACAGUGUUUGCUUUGAAGUUCUUGGGUUUGACAUUCUACUGGACAGAAGACUCAAGCCAUGGCUCCUAGAGAUUAAUCGUGCUCCAAGCUUUGGUACUGACCAAAAAAUAGACUAUGAUGUGAAAAAAGGUGUUCUGAUGAAUGCGUUGAAACUCCUUAAUAUCAGGACAAGUGAUAAAAGAAGAAAUUUAGCUAAGCAAAAAGCAGAGGCUCAGAAGCGACUGUAUGGCCAAGGCUCAAUGAAAAGGCUGUCACCAGUGUCUUCUGAUUGGGAGAAGCAGCGCCGUUCCCUAGAAAGGAGGAGAGAGGAACUGAAAGAGAGACUUGCACAAGUCCGUAGGCAGAUCUCCAAAGAGGAACAUGAAAACAGGCAUAUGGGAAAUUACAGACGUAUUUAUCCCCCGGAUGACAAGCUGCUGCUUGAAAAAUAUGAAGGUUUGUUAGCUGCUGCCUUUCACACAUUCCUUUCAGGGAGAGCAGCUUCACUUCAACGAGAAAUGAACAACCCUCUGAAAAGAAUGAAGGAAGAAGACAUAUUGGAUCUCUUGGAACAAUGUGAACUGGAUGAUGAGAAACUAAUGGGGAAAUCUGUUAGACCACGUGGCCCAAAGCCUUUGUAUUCUAUGCCAGAGAGUGCACAGUUUAUGAAAAAAAACAAGAACUACAGCAGUGGUAGUAGUUGUGAAAGCAGCAGUGAAAUUUCUGAAUGGGAGGAAGAUGCUGAGAGAGAAGAUGAAAAUGUGAAGAAAGAGAAAAAUGUUUCAUUUGAUCUAGAAGAUGAGAAAUUGAUAGAGCGAUCCAGCAGAACACACUGGAAGCGGCCUCUUAAAAAAGUCCCCUCUUAUGCAUCUACCACAUCAUCUGCAGGUCCUAUCAGGCGUUCUGUAAGCUGCCCUCGAUCUAUUUCAGCCUUGUCCAUGCAAAUGCAGGCCACUGAAAACCGUCCAUUCUCCGCCAAGCCAGGGGUGCAUCAUCUGCGACAGUCCUCUAUGAAUAGGUCACACUCUUUAAACAGAGGGUCAUCUGCAGUCAAGGUAUCUCACACUGCCAACCUGGGUACUGUACACUCUUCUGUGGUUGAUAUGCAGCAGAGAACAAAAGAACAAGAGGAAUUGCUCACAAGAGAGACUCUUGUCAUUUUCAAUGACAUGAAGAUCCGAUUUCCAGGGAAAACGAAUGAAGAAGCAGAAUUAAUAAUUGAAGAUAUCAUGGAUAAUUGGAAAUACCACAAAUCAAAAGUGGCCUCUUAUUGGUUAAUAAAACUAGACUCUGUUAAACAGCGAAAGGUUUUAGAUAUUGUGAAAGCAGGUGUCCGUUCGGUUCUGCAGCGUAUCUGGAAAGUUUCAGAUGUUGAAUGUUUACAUUUGUACCGACUUUUUAACCGUGUGUUUAAUCGCUUGAUGUGGAGCCAUGGCCAAGGGCUGUGGAAUUGUUUCUGCAAUUCAGGGAGCUCCUGGGAGACGAUAUUCAGUAAAAGCACAGAAGCGGUGACUGCCGAUCAGCUCCAGUGUUGCCAACGAAUAGUUGAGCUUUGUAAACAGUGCCUGCUAGUGGUUUACAAAUACUCUGUGGAUUCAAGACGGUCCCUCACUGGAAUUAACCCUGACUGGGAUGAUACAAGGUAUUCACUGCCAGGACCUUUGCAGCUCAUCAUGAAACCUUCUACUGGUUUUGGGCGUACCUCAUCUGCAAUGACUCGCUCUAUAUUGUUUACACCUAGAUAUGACCACUCAUGAAACAAGCGGGAAUGUUAUAUAUAAUGGGCAAUUGGUUUUAUUUCUUCUUCUUCUUCUCAAUUUCAAAUGUGCAAUGAAAUUGAACAUAGGCACUGUUAUAAAUUUAUUAUAAUAUAUAAAAUGUAGGUCAAGAACCUGCUGUAAACUUGUAACCUUUCUGGAAAUAUAAUAAACCUUAUUAAAAUGUUUACAGAGA